AUGGCUUCGUCCAGCUUGAUUCAGCGGAAUGACGUGAGCGCGCUGCUCCGGCAGGUCCAGGGCAACUCUCUGUUUAAUCGCCAGCUCUCUACCAUCUGCCAGGUGAAUGGCCUCAAGAGCACCGGCGUCAAGGCUGAGCUUCAGCGGCGUAUCGUGAAUCCCUCCCCUUAUGGCUCCGGAACGCCCGGUUUCUCGUUCAAGCCGAGCCCCUUCUACACCAUCGAACCCUCGCUGACCGGUGUCGCUCCAUCCCCAGCCAUGGCACAGCAUAGGAACUCUGUCACCAUCCCGCUAAAGCUAAGCCACUGCCCCAAAAAUGCACAGCGAUGCAUCGACGACAAGUCUUACAGGAUCAUGGUCUUCUGUGCGAGCGACAACAGCGGCGUACAAGAUGUUGCGUUCCCACACCAAUCCGAGCUCCGGGUAAACGGCGACGAGAUCAAGGCCAACCUGCGAGGCCUCAAGAACAAGCCCGGCUCCACCAGGCCGGUCGACAUCACCAGCGCUCUGCGCCUGAAACGAGACUACAUGAACAGUAUCGAGUUUACGUAUGCGCUGACGACCAAGAAAUACUACCUCAUUGUCAACCUUUGCAAGAUCACCACAGUUCCGGAACUGGUAGCGACAAUCGCAAGCCGCAGUAAGAUCACUGAAGAAUCGGUCAUAAGAGACCUGAACAAGAUAGCACAAGACCCGGAUGUGGUGGCAACCUCUCAGGUCUUGUCUCUGAAGUGCCCUCUGUCGUACAUGAGAUUAGAAGUUCCCUGUCGGAGCGUGAGAUGCACGCAUCUCCAAUGCUUUGACGCGACCUCUUACUUGCAGCUUCAGGAGCAAGGUCCGCAAUGGCUGUGUCCUAUCUGCAACAAGCCGGCGCCGUUUGAACAACUGGCCGUUGAUGGUUAUGUCAAGGCGAUUCUGGAAAAGACGCCCAAAAGCCUGGAGACUGUCACCAUUGAGCCAAAUGGCAAGUGGUCUAGCAAACCACCGAGGGAGGAGUCACUAUCCAGGCCAAACGGCGCAGCACUCGAGGAUGAUGAUGACGACGACGACGAUGAUGAUGACGAUGUCGAGGUGUCGGAAAUCAUCAUUGGCGGUCGUCAGCCAGCUACGCCCAAGCGCUUAUACACGGACACCGCUGGCUCUGCCGGCACCGAAGGCUCGGCGACGAGACCGCGGGGCAGCUCGCACAGCGCCAAACGACCAGCGCCAGCAGUUAUCGACCUGACGUUAUCGUCUGACGAUGAAGAGCCGAUCCAGCGCCCAAACAAGCGCCAGCACACGGGCGCGAGCAGCUACCGCGGCUCCUCGUCGAAUCUGCCAUUCCUCAGCGAGUCUCCCAGCAACUAUACGCCCUAG